GGUUUCACGUUUCCUCGCUUCUUUGGUUUGUGGGAAUUUGCAACGGACUUGGCAGAAACGAAGAUUUCUGUCCACCGUCUGUCCAGCCACUCGGGUCCCUCGUCGGCUGCCGCUCCAUAAUUUUUACUUGCGAAGGCGUUUUGAAACGUGUUCCAAAUUUUUUGUCGUCUGCGGCUGCACACGGGAGUCUCCCUCGGCAACGGCUACCACGCAUUUCGUCAACGCUUGCAUCCGGCUCUGUGCUAUAACUACCACGCGGGCUUCUUCGCAAGGUCUUUGGGGUAAUUGUCCGGGAAGCGCCUCCUGUGCCAACGCCUUUGCGUUUUUCUGCCGUCUGGUCGCACACCUUUCGUAGAAUUUCGUCGAAUUCCCCUCUCUGCAAGUCACCAUGGAUCCACGCGGCCAGCCCGUCGGCCCUGCGCGUCCCGGCGUCCCCCCGCAAAUGAUGAGGCCUCAAGGCGGCCCCCCGCCGGGCGCAUUCCCUGGAGGCCCGCGUGGCCCCGCCGGCGCCCCGUUCGGAGCCCCCAUGGGGCCUGGUGGCCCGAUGGGCCCCCCCAGAGGGCCUGGCCCUCAGAUGGGCCCACCCAGAGGCCCUGGACCUCAGAUGGGCCCACCCAGAGGCCAGCAGGGACCCCCUCCCCCUGGAGUUCGCGGCCUCAUGCCCGGCAUGACGCCGCAGGGUCCCCCUGGAGCUCGCCCAGGCAUGCCGCCCCCCGGAACAAUGCCUAUGGGCCCCGACGGCAAGCUUCGCAUGCAGCCUCAGACAGCCCCCGGUGCACCACCUGCGGGGAUGCCUGGCACCGGCAUGCCCCCCCAACAAGUCCCCAGGGGCCCCAUGGGGCAUGUCGGAGGCGGCACUGGUGGGAUGCCUGCUCCUGAUGCGCGGCAACCCGUACCGAGCAAGACCGACUCACACGGCCUCCAGCAGAAGGACCUGGCGCAACGCUCGCGGAAUCUGAGGACACUGGAAGACGACGAGAGGUCCGACCAUCAGUUUGGAGAGGAAAUUCUGAACAAAGGCCUGCAGACAUUUGCACGUCUUGUCGCUCUGAACGACGUCGGCGACCUAGGGGCCUGGAACGGGUACACCUGGAAAUCCAGGCGCCCUCCUUCAGUGUUCUUCAUCAAUAUCACCCACGACCCUGAGGGUCGCCUUUGGGCCGUCACCGAGAGCAACGAAGUUGGCAAGCUGACUGUGAAGGGCUUCAAGGCCAUUGGCCACAUCGGCCAGGAAGACGUAGUUGACAUCACGUUUGACCCCAAGGACGGCACCUUGUGGGCGAUUAACCGCGUCGGCGAACUUCUGCACUGGAACGGCUACACCUGGGACAAGAAGUACCACGCUGGCUUCCACAAGCUGAGGGCUGCGACUUUCGACAGAAAGGGCAACCUCUGGGUCGUCAACACCGCAGGCGAAAUUGCCAUGUGGGACGAGGAAGAGCAGCAGUGGGAUCUCAAGAAGGUUCCAGGAGCUACACGUUUACACACGCUGGCGUUCGAUGAGAACAACAAAUUGUGGGUUCUCGGCAGCCAUGGCGAACUGAUGCUGUUGGCCGCCAACCGCUGGGUCGUGUACGGCUGGGUGGGAUGCUGGAAGUUCAGGGACAUUUCGUUCAGGUGGAGCAAAACCGCGAUUGAGCAACUGCGGGCAGUUCGAUCUACGGGGACAGUGUUUGGUGGGCGCUCUAGCGCUCUCGCUGACCGGCUGCCGGUGCCGCAGGGUGCAUAGGCCAGUGGGUUGUCCACCUUCACCCGCAGAAAAAACCAGCCGUGAAAUGCAACGCCUUCGCUCGCAGGGGCAGUUUGCAGCACUAGCACUGAACUCUGUGGAGUUUUGUCGCCAAGAAGGAACGUGUGGCCACAGACGAAGAGUUGGGAAACGUUGGUUUCCUGGCCAUGGGACCUAGACAGUAGAGCUAAGAGUCUGCGGUUUAGGUUGGGAUUCGACUGGUGGCGACUAGGGAGUCGCGGAGCUGCGUCAUUCCUCAGCCAGGAACGCUGAAGCAGAGGCACAUUCGGGGUGUUCUAAAUGCAGUUGUCGCUCUCGAUGGUGGGAGCAGGUGCGUUCUUCGGUGGAUUUCGACACUGAAAUCGUUGUUUCUAAGUGAGUAUAGGUCAUGUGCUGAAACGCCCUCGGGUCUUUCGGGAUUUCAGAAGUGUGGGCUGAGCACCGGCGUGCAGCCAAAAAAAGGCCAAGCAACACUCUGAGAGACCCACAGCUCAUGUACUUUUGUCUGCUGUUACGCGCAUUCGUGUACGGGAUAUGUAAACUCUAUGCACCGUCCGACUUGUCUGAGUUCUUCGACUUGGGCAGCGCCGUGCAGGAAGGUGUGUUUUCUUGCGAGGGAAGUCAGAGCAGGGUGCGUCACCUCGUCGAGGG